AGAACGUCAUAAAUUCACGUCGUCCCCAGGGACACUACUGAACGUCAAAAUAGCGCAAUUUUCAGAGAGAAGACAUACAAUUUCUAUCAGCUGAAUUAACCGCAAAAUGAACGGAUCAACUGUACAUUCUUGGAUAAACCACCCUGGAGUGAUAGACGUAAGGGCACCUUUGGAGGUACCUUACAGAAUGGAACAAUAUGCUGCACUCAUGUGGGGAAUUAAUGAAGAAGAUACAUCACGGAGUGGUGACAUGCUGACAAUGCUGGAUGGAGGCCUGCGCGCGUUUCCUCAGGUGACAUUUAUUGGACCGGCAGGAGAGACAAGGUUUGAUGCCGGUGCUUCUUGGGAUGAACUCGGAGGAGCUCAAGUUGCACCACCACUCCCCUCUGCACCGCAACCCGAUGUCAGUAUGCCAACUGUACAACAACUGCCAAGUGUACCGGAAGAGGAAGAGAAUUGGCGGGAAAGAUUCCUUCCGGUAAUCGACAUAGAAGAUGAAGACUCACAGUUUUCUCCCCUGUUUGCGAUGGCAUUUGGUGGCAGCGAGAAUGAAGUGAAGGAAUUUGCUGAAGUACCUGGCGUGGAUGAUGACAGCAACGAUGAAUUUCUGCCUGAUGAAUAUUUCCUUGACGAAUUAGACGAAUGAUCUGAUGUUGUUGUUUCUUUUUUUUUAAGUUUUACUUCAUAACAACACAUAAAUACAUUAUGAUGAAAUAUGAAACAAAACAGACUUCAC